AUGAAUUCCUUUCAGGGUCCUAUAGGCGUAUUAACUACAAGCGGUGGUACCCCUGUCUCCUAUGAUGAAGCAACCAGCACAUUUGACAUCGAUUCUGUAAUUGAUAACGAAUAUUUUCUGGACAAAAUUACUCAUUUUGUUGAAGAGAAAAUUCCUGAGCGUAUCGUUCACCCAAAAGGUUCUGGAGCAUUUGGAUACUUCGAAGUAACACACGAUAUUUCAGAUAUUUGCAAAGCUCAUUUUUUGAGUAAAAUUGGAGAGAAAACACCUAUUGCCGUGAGAUUAUCAACUACUCAAGGACAUAGAGGGAGUCCAGACUUAAGCCGUGACAGUAGAGGCUUUUCAAUAAAGUUUUAUACUAAAGAAGGAAAUUUAGAUCUCCUAGGAUUCAGUACUCCUGUUUUUAAUUUCAAAGAUCCGAUAAAUUUUGAUGCUAUUAACCAUGCCAUAGGCAGAAACCCAGCGACAGGCUUCCUAGAUUUUUCUACAUUGUGGGACAUGAUAUCAUCAUUUCCUGAUGCAUUUUUCAUAACAUUAAUGGUAUUCUCUGAUAUGGGCAUACCUGCAAGUUACACAAACAUGGCUGGGCAUCCAAUUCACACAUAUCAGGUUGUUAAUGAUCGCGGAGUUAAUCAUUUUGUCCGGUUUCAUUUCACACCAGACGCAGGCGUUAAAACCUUAUCCUCAGAGGAAGCAAGAAACAUUAGCAGCAUCGAUCCUGAUUAUUUGGGGAGAGAUUUAUAUACACGUAUCGCCAAAGGUGACUAUCCUUCCUGGACAGUAAGUGUGCAAAUUUUGUCCGAAAAAGACAUAAAGAAGACCGGACCCGUAGUGUUUGAUGUCACCACACUCAUUUCUGAAAAAAUCUUUCCAUUACAACCAGUCGGUAAGAUAGUUUUAAAUAAAAACUACGACAAUUUCCACGCACAAGUAGAGCAGAUGGCAUUUUGUCCGUCAAGCUUAGUUCCUGGUAUAUUAGGAGCCCCAGAUAAACUGUUUCAAGCACGUCGAUUGGCCUAUAGGCAUACACAGAUGUAUCGGUUGGGAAGUAAUUUCAAAAAAAUUCCAGUUAAUUGUCCAUACCGAGUGAGUGCUCAUACUUAUCUUAGAGAUGGCGUGCCACCAGUCGGUGAUAAUGAGAAAGGUGCUCCCAACUAUUAUCCUAAUUCAUUUAAUGGUGCUGAACCGUACAGGGAGAAAUAUAAGUCAAAAUUGAUUAAAAUAAAAGAAACGAAUCGUGUAAAUAAUCGAGCUCAAACUGCUCAAUACUACGAGGAACUGAGCCCUGGAGAAAAGUCUCGACUAAUUGACAAUCUUACCGCAGGGGUGGGAUUGGCUGUUCCCGUGAUUCAGACACGUGUCGUGAAAGUGCUGAAAGGUAUUCAUCCAGAUUUGGGACAACGAUUGGCAAAUAAUUUGAGUAUCAAUUAAAUGAUCUACCAAGUACUGAUUUAGUACCACCAUUGUUUGAAUAUUGCUUAAAUUAUGUCUAUCGAUGUCUACAAUAUAUAAUAUAGUAAAAAUUGUUUUUGUUUAAUGAUCAUUAAAUUUUGCAAAAUUGCCGAUAAAUAUUUUUACGAUCAACAAUGUUCUGUAGGUUUUCUUUUUUAUAAAAUUAAAUUGUCC